AAAAGUUACAAAGAAGAAUAAAACUCUGUACAAUUAAAAUCAAUCUCUUUCUUUAAAAGAUCUGACACAGCAUAUUUGGACAAAGUCAUGCACUGAAGGAAGUGGUCACGACAUUAAAUUCGACGGUCACACAACUGGGCUGAAAAAGAAAGGCAACUGCCAAAGCUCCAGAGAAGAGGUGCAGUCUGCAAAGCAAGCUAGAUGAAGCAAUUCAGCAAGGAUUAUCUCAAAUAACAGUACUUCAGCAUCAAAAAGCAUGAAGAAGUUUUUGGAAAGAUCUCUAAGGCCAUAGCAUCACAUUUAAAUAAAGGUUAAACAAGAAAUGGAUACUACUAUAGCUCCUAACAACUGGUUGACACAGACAAGCCCUCCAAUUAAUAAUUUCUCUAUAUUUACCAAAUACCUUGGUUUAGAGGUCACCAACAAUUCAGAAUGCAAAGUGGACGAACAAUCUCUUGGGACUGCAUUAGCGGUUUUGUACAGCAUUAUUUUUGUUAUUGGUCUGCUGGGUAAUAUCUUGGCUAUAUAUGUUUUUCUGUGCAUUCACAGCAAGAGAAAUUCAGUGCAAGUGUACCUUCUGAACACAGCCAUUGCAGAUCUUCUACUGAUUAUAUGUCUUCCUUUUCGGAUAAUGUACCAUCUUUCUCAUGACUGGAAAUUGGGCAUAGUUUUCUGCAAAAUUGUAGGCAACCUCUUUUACAUGAAUAUGUACAUAAGUAUUGUCCUUCUGGGCCUGAUAAGUUUGGAUCGUUAUUUCAAAGUCAAAAAGUCUCAACGCCGUAACACAGUAUCAGACAGGAAAUGCAGCAUUCAGACUUGCUGUGUGUUGUGGAUAGCAGCAGUUGUGUCAGUCCUGUUUCUUAUAGUGACGCAAUCAAGCAAAAAGCAAUCAAAUUCCAAUAUGUGCUUUCAGUACUCGGAUAGAAAAGAUGAAGUUUGGCAAGCAGUAUUUAACUACAUUCUUGUGCUAGUGUUUUGGAUUGUAUUUCUCUCACUAAUACUCUCCUACGUGAAAAUUGCAAAGAACCUUUUUAGGAUUUCCAGGGAAAGAGCGCACCUGCCGAAUGCUGGAAGGUACAGCUGCACGGCACAGAAAUCAUUUUUUGUGCUGUUCAUCUUCACGCUCUGUUUUGUGCCUUAUCACACUUUCAGGAUUGCAUACAUUACGUCUCAGCUUCAAAAGCUUUCCUGUUAUUGGAUUGACAUUAUUCACAAAACCAAUGAGAUCAUGUUGGUUUUCUCCGCUCUGAAUAGCUGCCUGGACCCAGUCAUGUACUUUCUUUUAUCGAGUAGCAUCCGGAAAACAGUCUUUCAGCUACUUUGUAGGAUCAGCCGAGACACAGGUCGGAGUGAGAGUAAUACUUCAGAACUUCAUCAAGUCCAUAAUUUACAUGAAAGUGUCUGUGGGCCCAGUCACAACAAUUAUUCUCAGAGCACCACAUUUUUCUCACGGCAACUAAGGACGACUGUACGUAAUAUCCGAUAAUAUACAGACCAUACAAGCAAGCCAUAAGCAUAUCAUUACUGGCCGACAGAAACUACUCAAACCAUGGAUGGCUGGAAUCAAUAAUGAUAUGUGGCAUUUCUGGUUACAACACAACAAUGUAAGCAAAGACAUUACUCUUGAUUGAGAGUCUGACUGAUUCAAUACGAUUAUUUGUGUUCUCUAUACCUUAACACAUAAAGGGCAAAAAAAAAAAAAUAGAAAUAGAAAAAUAUAAACAAAUGUCGUUGUGUGAACUGUUCUUAUUUGUCCUUACACAUUGUGACUUUUAUCAUCUUUAAUGCAUUUACUUUUAUCUGGGUUAUCAUAGCCUACAUAUUCAGAAAUUGUUUCAAACUAUUUCUACAGGAAAUAAUUUCAAGGAGACUAAAGCCUCAAUGAGAUUAUGGCAAGAAAUGCUACCUUUUAUAUAUGUGAAUCAGCAGAGAGAAAAAAAUUCAGUGGGAGGGGGGUUUGAUUGGGGUCAGAGAUAUUAAUUGCUAAAGGGGCUACAGUGACAUACAGUGGUACAAUAGCCUAAAAUAUAAGGUAGCAGUUGUAAUCUAUUGCUUUGUUGAGUGUUAGUUCUUCUUUUACCUGCCUUUAUAUACUAUAAAUAUGAAUAGAGUUGUUUAUUUUGCUUAGUGGCACGAAUGUUUAUAACACGAGAAGAUAUGCAAUUAUUUUGCACAUUCUAUUAAUUCGCCCAGCCUGGUAAACUAGGGUUGGGAUAUCAAAGCCAGUUUGUGUAAUUAAUGUCCUCAAAUAGAUUUUCUAUUGAAGGUAUACCUGCUUUAUACCAUGUGGUCAAAUUUAAAGUAGGAGGUAAUGGACAAAACCCCUCUCAAACAUGUUAAAUCAGUAAAUGGGUGGCAUUUUGUUUCAAAAUAGCGCAGUUGGUCUUUUUUUUGAAGAGGCUAAGUUCCAAAAAACAUUUAUUAUUCUUCAUCCAUGUUAAAGGAAGAUGAUUGCCUACCCAGACAGCAUGCAUGACAAGAAGUCAGGGGCAGACUCAGUAGUGUCUGUUUAGGGUAUACCUCUUAAUGUUCCAUGUCCUCCAUCAGUUCUCAUUUUUUGAUUCACAUUGAAAAUUUUUCAUAAUAUAUUAAUCAAACUGAUAAAUUGUAGAGUAGUGCUAGUAAAAAAAUUAAAGACAAUAUUUUGUGCUUGCAUGAAGAGUCAAUUUCCUGCCUUUGGUGCAGCUUAGUUUACUUUUUGUUUACUUUGUGUCAACAGAAAGCAGCACUUUGAUUCUUUUAAAAUAUGAUUCUUUAAAGCUGCAUUAGUUCUCAGAAGUCGCAUAUACUCUGAUUUAAAUACUCAGGGAUUGUAUUGUCUAUAAGACCAUAACAUGUAGGUGUUAAAAGGAUACUCACUCCCCAAGUGGGAUCAAAUUCUCAAAGAAUAAAAAAAAAACCUCUUGCUGUGUUAAUUUUAGCAAACAUUUCAACAACUCUCCAAUCCAGAAAAGGCAACUUUGCACAGCACAAAGUUCUGACAAACACAUUACUGCAAGCCUUUCAAACCAAAAUAACUUUCACCUGGCAAUGUACAUUGGAAAAAGCACCAGUCCUUUCCUAUAUGUGAAACUUCUUAAUGCUCUACACAAAGAAUAUGAAAAUUCAAUUACAAAACAUGUAGGAGAGUUUAAAUCCCUAAGAGGUGCCAAAAGUUAGGCACCCAAUAGUGAUUGUAUUCACUCAUCUGAUGUUUUCUGCAAACAGAAAUAACAAGCACCACAGAGGAAUCCUCUUCUUCCGCAAGGUCAAUGCAUGCGCAGUAAAAAGAAAAGGCCGGCCUUUUUUUCUCUUUUUUUUAAAAAAAGUUCGGCUUUUCACUCUACCAAGCAUGUUUACCUGUGCGAAAAAAAGAAGCAGGAAGAGGAUCUCCUUUAAGAUGGAGAUUGGGAUGGAUGAAAAAAAAAAAAAAUAAAGAAAUGGGGGGGGGAACGAAUUCACACUACUAAAAAUCUUAGUAGCAGAAACCUACACAACAAUUUCAACAUGUAGAAAUAGAUUUUAAUGUGAAACUGAUAGAUUAUCUUAUCCAUUAAUUAUAUAUAUAUGCUUAUAUGGUAAAAUAAUAAUUUACAAAUUGAAUAACUGAAGUCCAAUAACACAUACAUAGGUUAACUGGCCCUUGAUUAAAGAUUGCUAUUACUAUUGUGUGUGUGUUAGGGACCUUAGACUAUAAGCUCUGUUGGGGCAGGGACCAAUGUAAAUGAUGAACUCUGUACCAGAGUGCCAUGUAACAUAUUUACACUUAAAAGAUAAUCAUAAAAAAUCCUAUUUGUAUAUUUACAAGUUUAGUAUUUUCUUCUUUAAUUUUUCUUUUCAAUGAAUAUUAUGAAACCAAACAUGCCACUAAUAAAACAUAACACAGUG